AUGCUCAAGAUUUGGUCAAUGAAGAAGGACCAGGCUGCGGCCGAGAAGAAGAAGCCCAAGGUCACGGCUGCGCACAUUCGUCUUCAGAAGGACAUGGGCGAGCUCCAGCUUGACCGGAACACGACAAUGUCAUUCCCGGACCCUAAGGACCGGCUCAACUUUGUUGUUGCCUACAGGCCCCCUACGGGCAUCUAUAGAGGCGGGGAGUUCAAGUUCACAUUCGCUGUCAGCCAGAACUACCCACAUGAGGCGCCCAAGGUCCUGUGCACACAAAAAAUCUACCACCCGAACAUUGACACCGAAGGACACGUCUGCCUCAACAUCCUGCGCGAGGACUGGAAGCCGGUGCUGAACAUCAAGUCUAUCAUUUUUGGCCUGCAGAUGCUAUUCCUGGCACCUAACCCUGAGGACCCGCUGAACAAGGAGGCGGCCGAGCACAUGUUUAACAACCGGGGGGACUUUGAGAUGGCAGUCUCGCGCACCAUGAACGGCGGGUUCCUCCACAAUAUCCACUACGACAACGUACACUACCGCGACUAAGGGCCGCGCCAUUGUGUCUGUUUACGGUUUCAUGUUUGACAGUAAUUUCACUUUCUGGAUUGAUUUCUAGGCGGGUCCCUGGAGCAAUUGUAUGCUCAGCGCCGGUAUGUGCGGAAUAAACGUAGACGUGUAGA